AUGGGGGUUGGCGAUUAUGUGCACUCCAAAGAAGGUGGACAAGCUCGUGGAGUCCCCGAUCAAGCCACCCAGUCGCGCCAGCAACGUGCAGAACAAGCCAGAGUCGAGGUGCCAGUCACCCAGCUAGUUGAUCCACGUCUUCCAGGUGUCAAUGGUACAUCUCAAUUUUCCAAUCAGCCCCGCAAUCUUCCUACCAAUGGAGUGCAGCGGGACAGGGACGUUUUUGACACAGAUGUGGAGGCGAUCGAUGAUUCAACCGUGGCAGGUACCAGCGUGUACGGAUUUGAUGACAACAAAUCUCAAGCAGCGUCAAGUACCAAUGCUGCCUACACCAACCCUGAUCCACCAUCCAUGUACCAGCCCCGGCCUUCACGGCAUACCUACGGGUCUAACUGGUAUGAAGGCCUGGGUGACCAAGCCAUGAAGAAAGCUGGUUUUGAUUCGGAUGACUUUAAUGACUUUGGAAGCCAAAUGACUUCGUCUGUUGGCGAAGAGGGCGGGGAUAACGAAAAGCCCGAAGAAGCACACGACUGGCAUGUGUCGCACAAACCGCGAACGACCGGGGAGCCAUUGAGCAAGCGCCUAGAGAAUUUCUGGUCUGCCAGUAGAAAAAGAACUACUUCGCGGCAGCCUGUUACUGUAGACUCUGACCCUGAGCCGCAGACUCAACCACAGCCCAAGUCUAAGCCGCGGAAAUUGGGUCAAAUGCUUCCUCCUACUGGGCCGAGGAAGAUUGUUCUCCCUCAUAGCUCCUCGGCGAUACCCAGGACACGUUUCAGUCCGCCAAAGCCUUCGCUUCUUGAACAACUAGACCAACAGCUCGAUGCAUCCCCCACCCGCCACAACUCCCAACCUCCACCAGAUGUUGGCCGGUCACUGAGCAUUACUUCGUUUCAAGAUAAUACUGACAGUGACGGUGGAAGCGAUGACGGCAUGGACCGUACUAUACGCGCAGACGGACGGCGGGAAAGCGGCGGGCAUUCAAUCAAUGCCUUUGAUAUGACCAGUUUGACCGACCUAGACGUCGACCAUACCAUGCAGGAUCCUUUUUUUACGCAUGAGUCGCAUGAGUCACACGAGCCGCACGAGCCGCACGAGCCGCACGAGCAGCCGCAUCGUAGCCGUCGCAACACUGUCAUCCAUUCCAAAAAGCGUUCGCUUGAGGCAGACUAUCCCCCAGAAGUACUUUACCAAAAGUCUUUCUCUGAGCUCCAAGCUGAGCCCUUUGACAAAUCCCCCACCCCUCCUCCACCCGUCGUCAAAUCACCUUCUUUGCCACCAGAGCCAGCUUUUGUCCCAGAUACUCAAGAGCCCAGGAAUGCCGUCUCUCAUCUGUUGGCUCUGACGGACCAAGAACGUCAGACUUACUUGUCCCACAUGACCUUGGAUGAAUGGGAAGACUGCGGAGACCAAAUGAUCGACCGUUUCACUCAUCUUCUUUCAGAAAUGAAGAACCUAAGACGUGCCCGCCGCCGCACAGCUGCUAUAUUUGAAGGCGAAGUCAAGCGCCGCCAUGACGAAGUUGAAACACGAAAUUUGGAGUUGACGAAUAAAUUGACGGAGAUGAGAACCGGUGGUGCAGAGGUUCUGCGUGGACGCCACUCGUGA